AUGGAGACUCUCCAAGUUCACGAGCUCCUUGCACGCCUUCUCCUGGUCCUCGCAACCAUGAUCCUCUUCAAGCGCGUGCUGCCUUCACCGUCGAAGAGGCCCACCACAACGACCGGGCCCUGUCGGGCCGCCCGGCGCUGUGCGCGGCCGCCAGGCUCUCCUACGGCCUGCGGAACGUUCUGGCGCGCGGCGCGGCGCGCGUGCCUGUCAGAGCUCCUCGGCGCCCCGCGCGUGCGCGGGUUCCGAGGCGUCCGGGAGGCCGAGGCAGCCGCGCUCGUCGCCGCCGUGGCGGACGAGUCGUCGGACAGGGACGGCGGUUCUCCCGUGAACCUGAGCGACAGGCUUGUCGCGACGACCAACCGGAUCGUGCGGCGUGUCGCCUUUGGCGACGACGGCGACAGCAUCCGGACUAGGGCUAUCCUGGAGGAGACGCAGAGGCUUCUGGGCGCUUUCUUUGUGGCCGACUACAUGCCGUGGCUUGGAUGGCUGGACGCAGUCCGUGGCCUGCGAAGGCGGCUGGACCGGAACUUCCGUGAGCUCGAUGCGUUCUACGAGAAGGUCAUCGACGAGCACAUCGACAAGGGCACCAAGUCCAAGGAGGAGGGGGACUUGGUUGACGUGCUCCUCCGCCUGCACAAUGACCCGGCUCACCAGAGCACGUUCGGCAGCCGUAGCCAGAUCAAAGGCAUCCUAACGGACAUGUUUAUUGCUGGGACAGACACGUCGUCGGCGACCGUGGAAUGGACGAUGACGGAGCUGGUCAGGAACCCGGACGUUCUUGCCAAGGCGCAGCAAGAGGUGCGCAGCGUCGUGGCGAACAAACACAUGGUCCACGAGUCCGACCUCCCGCGCCUCCAUUACCUGAAGCUAGUCAUCAGGGAGUCCCUCCGGCUGCACCCGCCGGCGCCGCUCCUGCUGCCGCGGGAGACCACCGAGCCGUGCACGGUGCGCGGCUGCGAGGUGCCAGCCGGGACGCGAGUGCUCGUCAACGCGAAGGCAAUCGGCGUGGACCCCGACGCGUGGGGAGCUGACGCGGCGCGUUUCGUGCCCGAGCGGCACCGGGGCGACGGCGCGGACCUCAACGACCACAAGCCGUGGCACGCCGACAGCUACGCGCUGGUGCCGUUCGGGGUCGGCCGGAGGAGCUGCCCCGGCGUGCACUUCGCCACGGCCGUGGUGGAGCUGCUGCUCGCCAACCUGCUGCUCUGCUUUGACUGGCGCGCGCCGCAUGGGCAUGGCGAGGUGGAUGUUGAGGAGGAGAACGCGCUGACAGUGCACAGGAAGAACCCGCUAGUGCUUGUGGCUAAAAGGAGAUGCGUGACCAGUGGUCGGUCUUAA